GACGUGCGCAUGGAGAGUCUUUCAGACAUUAUAUUGCCUAAAAAUCGCAAAAUCGCGCAGAGUUCUUCAACAUGUCGACCGGGGAGUUGACAGUCGUCGCGAUCCCGGAAAAUCGUUUUUCCGACGUAAUCGACCACCUGAGGCUCAACUUUUUUGCUGACGAGCCACUCAAUCGAGCCGUGGGUCUUUGUCAACGUGGAGACUGCCACUUUGAACUUGAACAGCACUGUCUCCAAACAUUGAAACAAGGAUAUUCGAGGAUGCUCCUCGAUCAGAAAGGAAUGAUAGCCGGUACCGUUCUAAACGGAAUUGUACAAAAAGGCGAGCGUGAAGAAGCAGAGAGACGACUCGCUGAAAUGAGUGACGAAAAAUUCAAGACAAUUUUUGGUCUCCUCUAUAAAGUCAACGAAAAAAUUGAUUUGUUUUCAAAAUACAAUGCAGAAGAUCUUUUCGAAUGUCGGAUUUUAAGCGUCGACGAUCGUUUUCGUGGAAAAGGUUUAGGAAAUAUGCUAGUCAAAGCCAGCUUAGAAACUGCAAGAAAUUCCUGUUUCAAGGUCUUCAAAGCUGACGCAACAGGGCUCUUCUCCCAGAAAGUCUUUCUGAAACACGGAUUUCAAGUAGAGGCCGAAAUUCCGUAUUCGGAAAUCGAUGAAAACAUCAGACCGGAUCCGCCCCAUCGUGCUCUCCAGCUUUUGGUGAAGAUUUUGGAUUAAAAAAGCCAUCACAGAGAAGCAGAAAGUACGCAGC